AUAUAAAAAACAGAAUUUGGAUAAACAUAAACCCGCACGCAAAUGAUAUGUAAAAGAUAUAUCCGCUUGCUUGUUGUAUGAUUGUAUCAUUAAUAAUAUCCAGAUCCAAUGCGGUUACUGCCGAAAUCAUUAAUAAUUUCCGAUUAAAAUGGCGGAAUCUUCUGAUCGGAGUGUCAAAAUUAAAACGAAAUCUCCGGCACCAGAACUCGCCGGAGAUACGACACUCGACCGAUUAUCAUCUGAAAUCAUGGCAACAAUCAUGACGAAACUUGACGUAUCUUCAAUCUGCUCUGUUUCCCUUACUUGCAAAUCCUUCCGCCUUUGUUCUCAACAUAUCCUCACUUUCCUCCCUAAUUUCCACCUCCUGGAAAUUGCGGCACCGAUUGAUAGGAUAAGGAGGUUGUUGUUACCGAAUGUUUGGCUUAGAAGUGUGAAGCUAGAUUGCAGGAGGUUGAACGAAACUUCCAUGGAUCAUCUUCUACAGCCUGGAUUGCGUGAACUGUCUCUCCGCAAUUGCUUUAAGUUCAGCGGAAGGCUGCUUUCUGAAGUCGGAGCACGGUGUAAAGACCUAAGGUCUCUGUAUGUGAGCUCUAUGGCUGAUAAUCGAGGACACUUACAUGAUGUAUGUGACCUAGAGGGGUUACUCAGGGGUUGCACUCAAUUGGAAGAACUUGUCUUGAUGUUUGAUGUCUCCAUAUUUCAUCGGCCAGACUUUGCACGUGUAUGGAAUUUAGCUUCUGCAAAACUCUCGUAUCUACAGCUUGGCUACAUAACUCAAGUAAUGGUUACAGAACUACUUAGCCCCAUUUUACCACCAAAUCAGUCAUCCAUACAUAUCCCCCCACCAGUAUUUCCAAAUAUCCAGAAACUUUGCCUUUCAGUGGACUACAUUUCCAACACUAUGGUCAGCAUAAUAUCAUACACUCUCAUACAAUUAAGUCAUUUGGAUCUUCGAGAUCAACCCAUCAUUGAGCCCGGACUUGCAUUUGACCUUACAGAUGAAGGUCUCCAACUAAUUAACCAACAUGGGAAAUUAAAACACCUUUCCCUUAUUCGUAGCCAAGAGUUUAGUCCAUCAUUCUUUAGAAGAGUUACUGAUCAAGGCAUCCUCUUCAUGGCUGACAGAUGUACAGUUAUGGAAAGCAUAUGUCUUGCGGGAUUUUGUCAGGUCACUGAUACUGGUUUCAAAACGCUCCUCCAUGCUUGCACAAACUUAUACAAGCUUAAGGUAUUCAACGGGACCCGAAUGACCGACCUUGUGUUUCAUGACAUGUAUGCAACUUCCCUUGCUCUGACCCUGGUUAGCUUAAGAAGCUGUAACCUCUUAACAAAUUCUGCUGUUCAGCAGUUGUCGCUAAAUACGGAUCUUAUUAUGCUUGACUUUAGAGAUUCUAGAAAUAUUGGUGAUAAAGCCCUUCAAGCUAUCAGCAAACUUCCAAACCUUAAAACUUUGCUAUUAGAUGGAACAGAUAUUACUGAUAUGGGUUUAUCAUACUUACAAAAGGGUGAAAGAAGCACUCUUGUUAAAUUAUCCAUAAGGGGUUGUAAGAGGCUCACAUCCAAGUGUAUAUCUUCUAUCUUUAAUGGCGGGUCUAACAGAAAGUUACGAGAACUGGAUGUGUCUAAUCUGCAUAACCUCACAAAUGGUGGUAUUCUUUUUCUUGUGAAGAAUCGGAUUCCACUAGUGGACCUACGAAUGCGACAAUGUGCUCUUAUUGGUGAUACAUCAGUGAUGGCAUUAGCAUCAAUGACGAUGGCUGAUGGUGACAGGUGGCAUGGUAGUAGCUUGAGAUCAUUGGAUAUAUACAACUGUGGGGGGAUUUCCAAACUUGCAUUCCUGUGGCUGAAGAAACCUUAUUUCCCAGGUUUGAGGUGGUUGGGGAUAGCUGCUUCCAUGAACCAUGAUUUAGUCGACUCCUUGGCACUAAACAGACCAUUCUUGAACUUGAUGACUCGUGGGGAAGAGCUCGGGACCGAUAAGUGGGAUAAUUUGGAUGAUAUUUAUAUGCACGAUCAUGAGGAGAUUGAUGAACUCGAACAAUGGAUAUUCCAAGAUGGUGAAAACAUUAAUGAUGAUGAUGGUGAUGAGGAGAACGAGGAUGAGGAUGAGGAUGGUGGUGAUGAUGAUGAUGAUGAUGAUGAUGAUGAUGACGAUGAUGGGCAGGUGGAAGCUGAAAUCGAAGAGUAGAGUGAAUCCCAUCUCUUCUUUCUGGAAUCUGGUUAGGCCGUCUAAAACUCUGUUUAUAUCAUGUUUAAUAUUUAAAUCUAAGUGUCCUGUUGUUUAGUCCAUUUCCUAGUUUUCAUUUUUUGGUCUCUAUAUAUUUCUCACGUGAUGGAAGUAGAACCCACAAAAAAAAUGCUUAAUGAGUGAGAUGGAAAUAAAAGAAAUGACCCUGAACAUCUAAAUAGGACGUGUGUGUGCUAUUGUCAUGUUACAAACUGUGAGCCUGUGUUGGUUAAGUUGUAACCUUUUAGGUGAUACCCAGUAUGUGUAAUAUAUGGGUCAGUGACAGUAGUACUAUGGAAUGUGUAUUAAACCUGGGUGAACCAUGUAAUUUAUAUGCUCUCUUUCUUAUCGUUUGCUGUGUCGUUAGAAACAUCUGUUUCGAUACAUCUUAUUUGAUUACAUUACAUUGUAAA